GAUCCACAAAAGCUUGGCCCCUCUGGCGCCACGCCCCUAUCUAUCCCCUCUUUCAUCCCGAGGCCGCUGAAUCCCAAUAGCCCUUACCGCCCACCAGCAGCGCGUGGACGACGUCCCUAGUGACACGAUGAAGUACUCUCCCGAUUUUUUUCUGGGACAUGCCGCGCCCGACUGUGCUGAGGAACCCCGACACCGCCUUUGGGUCCACACUCCAGUUGCAUGUGCACAUCGUCAAUACUAUGGUCCCCCAAUGUGCGAGCCCAUGGCUCUUCGUCGACAAAAGCGGUGACAGGCAGUGGAGUCUAAAACGACCGGAGGACCCUGACUUGGCCUUCAGAGGGAGUCAUUGGCGUCUUUUCUUGCUCAUUCCUUCUCUCGUUUUGUCCUCCUGGCCUGAAGAAUCAUGUCUCCCAUCUUUCUUCUCCUAGGGGUUUUCACUCUUUCUUUGGCGAAGACGGUCACUUAUGAUUUUGACAUUGGUUGGGUUUCGGCUGCCCCAGAUGGCUACCUCAGGCCCGUCAUUGGCAUCAACGGCCAGUGGCCUAUUCCUACCAUCGAAGCAAACGUGAACGACACGAUCGUUGUAAACGUGCACAACUCGCUGGGCAAUCAAUCUACCUCGCUCCAUUGGCAUGGUUUGUGGCACUACGGCACGAAUGCCUACGAUGGCCCUGUUGGCGUCACCCAGUGCCCUAUUGCUCCUGGGCAAUCGUUCACGUACACAUUCCAGGCCUAUCCAGCCGGUCCACACUGGUACCACUCUCACGACAAGGGACAAUAUUCCGAUGGCCUCAGAGGGAAGAUGAUAAUACAUGACCCCGAUUGGGAGGCCAGUUUAGAUGUUGAGGAGCAAAUCUAUCUUAGCAUGUCUGACUGGUAUCGCACCCAAAUGCCCUACCUGAUCGAAGAGUACCUGAGCCCCAACAAUACCGAGGGUCACAUUCCGUCGCCAGAUUCCUUCCUCUUCAACGAUACCCGUGCCGGGCCGACCUUGAACUUCAAGCCGGGGAAACGAUACCUCCUGCGUAUCGUUAGUACCGCUUCGGUUGCUUGCGGCGACUUUCAUAUCGACGGGCACACGCUCACUGUUGUAGCUGUGGACGGGGAGCAUGUGCACCCACAGGACGCCGAUACGAUCAUUAUCUGCGCCGGCCAGAGUUACGAUGUUGUAGUCGUCGGACAAUGGAAUCCGCUCAGCAGCGUCAGGUACAUUGCGAAAAUGACUACGGAUAUGCUAAAUCGAGAAAUACCCUCCAAUACAAACCUUACGGUCAUCGGAACACUAGCCUAUAACCUUGACGGCAGGGUUCUCGACUCGAUAUACGGUGGUCCGGACCCGUCUUGGACGCCGACAGCCUUCCUCGACGACACGACGCUCACACCACUCGACGAUCAGCCGCUGCUAAGCUGUGUCACGAAGGAGGUCAAAUUUGUGACGAAUCAGACAUACUACGAGGGUAUCGGAACUCGUAUCGGAAUGGGUGCUCAGCCCUGGGUAGCUCCCAAGGUUCCCUCGCUAUACACUGCGCUCUCAACCGGACCCCUGGCUUCAAUCGCUUCUACUUAUGGUCCCGGAAUAGCCCCUGAUAUCGUCGAGGCGGGCGAUAUUGUCCAGAUCUACAUGGAGAAUCCACAACCCUGGGGUCAUCCUAUGCAUUUGCAUGGCCAUGCAUUCCAAGUAGCCGCGCGAGGCAUCGGUAGCUGGGACGGCAACGAAGAAUCACUGAAUCCGGUACCCAUGAAGCGGAACAAUGUCGUGAUACCAGGCGCAGGCUACCUCGUCCUGCGCUUCAAAGCCGACAACCCCGGCGUGUGGUUCUUCCACUGCCACAUCGACUUCCACCUCGUCGGCGGCAUGGGCGCCGUCUUCAUCGAAGCGCCCGACGUCCUCCAGCGCACGCAGUCCAUCCCUUUCGCCGGCUCCAUGCUCUGCGCCACCAGCGGGGAGUGCACUGAGGGCAAUUGCGCGUGCAAAUCUGGCGUCAUCUCUGCGGCAGAGGCUCACGACGAGUGCAAUACGAUUUAUAAUACUGACAACAUGGAGUAUGGGGCGAUGGUGCCGCUCUCGGGAGCUGAAUGCCAGGGAUUUAAUAAAAGAUGCUGACGGAGCGGUUUGCGGUGUGGGCGGCGGGCUUUCUCUACGGGGGCUUUCGGAGUAUUAUAGAUGGAACUUUACUCGGUAAGGGCAGGGCGCAUGAGGGCGGUAUCUCCAAUUACUUCUUCAUUCUACUUCCUCCCAAGAGCUCCCGUCCAUGACGCAGCCAUUGCCCUAAACCAUCACGCCAUCCUGCCCGCCUUUCAUUCCCCUCGCCUUGUCCCCUUCCUCCCACCCCAGUGCCUGCUUUUCCCCAGGAAACUAAAACAACGGUGCAACUCAACUAAACCUGCAUUCUCGACGGCGAAAUACUUCCCCUCCCCGACACGCGCGACCCCCGCAACACGGCUGAUUUUAACCCGAUCAAUAGGCCCAGCGCCGUACAUAGGGAUCCCAAAAGCAGAUUAUAGUAGGCCACCCCCAUGGCCCCUGAAGCUAAGCGUCUUAGCAAGGCUUAA